CGUGAUUCUAGUGCAUUAGUCGCGUCGCGUACUCUUCCGUUCGCGCUGGGGAUUCCGCUCAUUUACCUGUGUGUAUGUGACAUUUUUUUUCCACGGACUAUUCGCGCUGCUGCAACAUGUUUACCUGGUUGUGCCACCUUCAUCACGAUAACCAGCAAUCCGUCGUCGAUUCCAUCAUGAUACUCACGUCGCCUCAUCGGCAGCAUUAAUUCUCAACUUUGUAGAGCAAAAGUAGGGAGUGAGAGGUGUCAUGGAUGAUGAAGUGCGUCUCGAAGGUGAGGAGGAGAUGGAGCUGGAUGAAGCUUCCGAAGGUGAAGACGAAGAUGAAGAAUCAACAGGAAUCCCUAUAUCUCCAGCUAACUCAGAUCAGUUGAUUGGACAGACGACACCAACGACUCCUGUCACACCAGAUGAGGCUUUUCAUGAUUCGCUGAGAUACCCUAAGUUUUCAUUACCUGGGGGUAAGCCUUUGAACAUUCGUCGUGGACCUGGCAGACCUAGGAAAGACCGACCUUUUGGAAUAACUCGCGGAGGAGGGGCCAGAAGAUCUUUUGGAAGGGGUGGUGCCAGAGGAAAAGGAUUUGGAUACACAAGGGGUGUACCACGUCGCACUAAAAGUAAAGAUGAUGACACACACUCGGAAUCUCCAAGUCCUUUGCGUACGGGAAUUGAUGAUGCUACUCCUGAUGGUGAAUUAGUGGGAAAUUCGAUCGAUAGAUCGAUGCCAGCGCCGGAGGAACCUCCUUACUUUCCUGAACAAUGGCCGGGCAAAGUAUGCGCGUUAUGCAAUUUAGGCGAGAGGAGUCAGCUGGGACAAGGUGAACUCUUGCGUCUAACAUGUCCAUCGGGUUUCACUCCCGAAAAGCCGACAAAUCGUGAUGAAACGGCUACUGAUCAUCUUGUCAACGUCGUUGUCGCAGGAGAUAAAAGUCCGCGUGCUACUGGACCUGGAAUUGCUGUUACCUGUCGUAGGCAAAAAAGUUUAGCCAAAUGCAGGAAUACUAGUCUAACUAAUUUCACGGAACCUGUGGAAGAAUUGACAAUCGUAGGCUAUUUGGAGGAACCGGAAGUUGGAGUUCUGUUUGAUUCAUCGACCGGCCAUUACUACGUUCAUCAAUCGUGUAUUAUCUGGUCUAGCAACAGUCAAGAUUUACUAUCAGAAUUGGCAUGUCGUGCCGUUUUACAAGCUUCCUCCAGACGUUGUGCUUAUUGUUCACAUUAUGGUGCUGGAAUUCCCUGCAAAGUAACGUCGUGCAAUCGUUAUUUUCAUUUUCCUUGUGCUGCGGCUAGCAGUUGCUUUCAAGAUACGAAGAACUUAGCUCUUUUCUGCAGUCAACAUCUUGGCCAGGUUCCACUUUUACUGUGUGGAGAGGUAACAUGCGUUCAAUGUUACGGAAUGGGUGACGUCUCGAAUCUAGUGAUGUGCUCUGUGUGUGGCCAACACUAUCACGGCAGUUGCGUGGGUUUAGCAUUAUUACCUGGGGUGCGUGCUGGAUGGCAAUGCGUAUCUUGUCGUGUGUGUCAAGUUUGUCGGCAACCCGAGGAUGUUUCAAAGGUAAUGCUGUGUGAACGAUGUGAUAAAGCUUACCAUCCUGGUUGUCUGCGACCAAUUGUUACUUCCAUUCCAAAAUAUGGCUGGAAGUGCAAAUGUUGUCGCGUGUGCACCGACUGUGGUUCACGUACUCCCGGAGCCGGACUAUCCUCCAGAUGGCAUUCUCAUUAUACCGUUUGUGAUUCAUGUUAUCAGCAGCGCAACAAGGGUUUCUCGUGUCCACUUUGUAGGAAGGCAUAUAGAGCUGCAGCAUAUCGUGAAAUGGUUCAAUGUCAUGGUUGCAAGAAAUUCGUGCAUGGUACGUGCGAUCCCGAAGCCGAUCCGCUUACUUAUCAGCAGCGUAAAGAUGCGAAACCGGAUUACGAAUAUGUCUGCCUACAUUGCAAGAGCAUUGCUAUGGUAGCGAGACGGAAAGACAGCAUCGAUGAAGGCGACUUAAGUUUAAGCGCUUCUCAAGAAAGUCUCGAUGGCGAGUCCUCUGAAUUAGAUUAUCCAAGUGGUUGUUCCGAAGAAGCGCUUUAUUCGGUUGGAUUAGGGAAAGGAAAACCAUUUUGUGCCACAAAGAUUGCGAAGAAAAGAUUGGGGAUUAGUAGUGGGAUUAUUGGUAGGCCAAAAGGUAUUGGAAAAUUGGGCUAUCAAAAGAGGCAAAAGAUGACUGAAUUUGGAAGAAAAAGAGGACCAAAGGGAAAGAUGAGAGGGUUUUAUGGAAUUCCCGAAGUGGGUUUACAGAGUCCGAAUCCAGAUUCAUCUCAAUCAAAGGAAGAAGAACAGCUUGGGGGUGAGAACAGAUUGAUCCUUUGCUCUGCCAAGGAUAAAUUCGUUCUAACUCAGGAUAUUUGUGUAAUGUGCGGUUCCAUUGGGAUGGACCAAGAAGGUUGUUUGAUUGCAUGCGUACAAUGCGGCCAGUGUUAUCAUCCAUAUUGCGCUAGUGUUAAGAUUACCAAGGUCAUUUUGCAAAAGGGCUGGCGAUGUCUCGACUGUACUGUUUGCGAAGGUUGUGGUGAAAGAAAUGAUGAAGCUCGUUUGAUUCUUUGUGAUGACUGUGAUAUCAGCUAUCACAUUUAUUGUAUGGACCCGCCUUUGGAUUAUGUACCACAUGGCACAUGGAAGUGCAAAUGGUGUGCACAAUGUCAGACUUGUGGCUCUAACGAUCCUGGUUUCAAUUCUUCCUGGCAAAAGAGUUAUACUCAGUGUGGACCCUGUGCUUCUCAUACCGCUUGUGUAGCUUGUCAAGAAGCUUAUCAGGAAGGUGAUCUCAUCAUUCAAUGCAUACAGUGCGAAAGAUGGCUUCAUUGUGGUUGUGAUUCAAUUAAAAGCGAAGCUGAGGCUGAACGCUGUGCGGAGGAGGGUUACGUUUGUCUUCUGUGUCGUCCUAGAGACGUUCCUCCUCCACAUCUUCUCUCCAAACCUUCUUCGAAAUUUACUCGGUCAUCUUCUCCACCUCAAAAUCGGAAUACAGAAAUAUUUAAAGCUUCCUCACAGCAAUAUUUGGUGGAAGGAGUAUAUCUUUCUGAAGCUGGGAUGAGCCAUAUUAAAUCCUUAACUGCAGAACAUCAGCAAACAAGAAAAAAGAAAAGAAAACAACCUCAGAUGGUAGAUAAAGAAGCAGAUAUCAUGGCGACUAUCGAAUCUGUUGUUGCUGGAGGAAGUUUAGAUAACUCUUUAGAGGAAAAUAAACUAGAAAUGAUGGAUGUCAAAGAUGAACCAGAGAUAGUGUUGAAAGAAGGUAUGGUAUGGAACCAUCCUCCCCCAGAAGGUUUCAGCAUUUGCACUUCAGAAAACGGACUUCCUGUUUUGCGAAGAAAACGUCAAAGAAAUCUGCAAAAAUUAGGAAUUGGAGGAUUUAUUGUAAGAUUGAGAACUAGGAAGGAUAAGGAAGAAGAAGAUGCUGAAAAACCUGGGGAAUCUUCAAUUGUGGGAAUGGGAGAUGAUAAACCUCGAAGAAAACCUCAGAGAAGAAAGCCAAAAACAAAAUUGGCAGAAUGUUUUCCUAUUUACAUGCAAGAAGCAUUUUUUGGCAAAGAUUUAAUGGAUACAACAAAAGAGAAAGAUCUUGAAAGCAGUAGUGAAUCCGAGGAAGAACACAAAGUUCCUGAAAAUGCCAAUACAAUUCAGUUAUCACAAGAUGAAUUGAAGGUAAUGGAACAGGUCAAAGCAAAACAAGAAAAAGAAGAUGAAAAAAUAGCUCCUGAACAAAUUAAAAGAGAAGAAAUUGUGGAAGAUGACGGGAGUGAUACUGAGGCACUUGGAGAUAUUUUACCAAUUUCUGGAGAUUUAUUGGAUAAUGAUUUAGUGAAUACAAUAAUGAAUGAAAACGAUGAAGAUUUAGCAAAAGCGAGCGAAGCAUUAGAUGAAUUGGAUGAUGCUCAAGGUGCAAAUAAAGAUGAAUUGACAGAUAUCCUUAGUCCACAUUUUAAUUUAGAAUCAAUGGUCAGAGACACCGGAUUACCUAAUAUGGACAGUAAAGAUAUCGAAGAAAUAUUUAAAGGCGUUCUGACUGAUGAAUCUCAGGAAUCUCAGGAAUCAUCGGUGUUUUCUGUUCAAGCUCCAACUUCUCAUCCCUCAUCAUCUACUACUCCUCUUGUAUCACCCUCUCCUCAUCCUGGUGUUCAAACAGCAAUGCCUUUAGCAAGACCUCAAGUACCUGGUGCUCUACCCUCGGUUGGCCAAUCAAACUUAAAUUCUCCAAUGAGUUUUCCACCGCCUUCACCAUAUCAUUCAGAAUACAGCAAUAGUCCACAAUUUAGUCCGGCAUUUUCGGAGCCACCUAGUCCAUGGGUAAAUCCCGAAGACGAGGGAAAUGCUCCAACAGGCAAUAUUCCCAUUUCAAGCAACCAAAGAAAUAUUUUAAAGAUGGAGGCCGACGAAGCAUUGGGUAAUGCAGCGACGAUGUCAUCAGUUCUUUAUGCUAAUUUGAAUCAUCCUGAAUGGAAAACUGAAUAUCCAGCAUGGUCCGAGAGAUGCAAGCAGAUUCUUAAAAAAUGGCGAGCACUACCAAACGAGCAGAGAGCCCCAUUUUUGACCAGAGCUAGAGAAAAUCGAAUUCGUCUGAAGAAACCGCAGCCCUCCAAGGAGACACCACCACCAAGCACCACCAACACUAUCAUCACUACCAAUAUAACCACCACCAAUACCACCACCAUCAAUAUGAAUACCACUUCUACUACUACCGCCAUGACUACCAUCACCAAACCCGCCGCUAUGACGGCUCAGCAGCAGCAGCAACAGCAGGGAGUGGGUCUGAGGCCCAUGGAGAAGCAAUCAGGAAUGUUGAUGACCACUGGAAUGACGUCAACAGGCAACAAUCAGCAUCAGGAGGAACAGGAUAGAUUAUCAAACAGAGAUCGAUCUACCAGAGAAGCUGAACAGGAAAGACAAUGGAAACAAUUGCAAGCCUUACGUCAUCAACAAGCACAAUUGCAACAGCAGGUUAUCCAUGAACAACGUGUCCAUGCGAUUGCCAGAGUACAUAGACAAAUAAGCGAAGAAAAUACACCUCAACUAACUAGUGAUACUACACCUGCGUUAACAGCACAAUUACAAGUUUCCACGGCGCAAGAUACAAGUCAACUGACUUCCUUAGCUUCUCCUUCCCGCAGUACCUUUGCUACGCCUUCACUCAAGACUCCCCGCAGUAUCACACCUCAAUCACCCCAUCAUCAAACUAUGGUACGACUGCCUGCGCAAGCUUCUUGUCGUGGGAUACGUCCAGGUUUUCCUCAACCACCGUCUCCUUUCUCACCGCAGGCACCUCAGUCACCCCAUGACUUUCCACAGUCCCCUGCCUCCUCUCAACCUUCUCAGGAAUCACAUUUUCAGCGUUUCGAGGGUAAUGUCUCAACUCCUGCAUCUCCCUAUUCAUCACCCCAGACGCCAGGUACACCUCGUACCCCUGUGUUUAAUCCUCCGCGACCUCCCGUUUAUGCUCCUCCCCCUCCUCCCCCUACAACAUCACGAACUCCUGAUCCUUACAGCCAACCACCUGUCACUCCUACUCCCGUCCCUGCUGCACCUGGCUAUCCUUCUCCCAGAAGUUCUGAAACUCCUCGACCACCUCAGGAACAAGAAGUGGCCUUUGCACAACAACCGGAAGUCAAUAGACAGUUGAGGGAUUUAUUGCAGAGGCAACAAUUUAGUAAGAAGAUUGAAGGAGUUGGCGCUAAUUGGGUUCAAGAUGGACAAAAUAAUACGGAGAACAACCAACAACAGUUUGAAUCGAGUCAUGUGCAGCUUCAGCAACAUUCUCAAGUACAAAAUAAUUCUAGUGAAGGCACUUUUAGACAUCCACUUCCGCCAGGCAUUGUUAGGCCUAGAAUGCCGAUUCAACCGAAUGUCUUAAUAAGAAAUUCCAUUGGAAUAAAUGCGCGACAUCCUGCAGCAGGAAAUAUUCAAAAUCCGAUUGACCAUCGUAGUAGGACGCUACUGCAGAAUAGGCCUCAAGUAGCCAAUAUUCCUGGUCAACAAAAUUUCCAGGCAACUCAAAGCCUCCAAACACGAAUGCCAGCUGUGAGAAAUGCUAUUUCUGAGUCUUACGACAUUUUACAGCAACAGAGAUUUACAGAUGUAAAUCAAGCGCAGGGCCAGCGCGUCGCGCGGACGCAAGACAAUUUAAACCCAGGUAUUCGCAUGUUGAGCUCUGCUCCAGGGAUGGUUCGUCCACCACUCGUCUCUACGACGAUGAGUGAUACUGCGGGAGUUACUAAUUCAGAAGCAUCUGAGAUUCCUGACAAUGUGACAGCUGAAUUGGAAAAAUUAGAACAAGAAGGAGCUGGUCCGAUAGUUGAAGUCGAGGGAGUCAGUGCAAUAUUGGGAGAUUUGGCUGAUGAUGAUGAUGAACUGCUCGCUGAAAUGGGAGCGGAUUUCAACAUUUUGGAAUAUGCGGAUCCUGAACUGGACACGAUUGCGGGUGGGGAGAAGACUAAUAUUCUUGAUUUGGAUCUCGAGCAAGUUGAAGUUGACUCCAAAGACGAUAAACAAAAGAAGGAAACUAGAGACGUAGAUCAGAAACCAGACUUGACUAGUUCAUCUUCUGAAAUCACUGAUUCCUGUUCUACGAGCACGAAUUUGACUCUAACAGAAAAUUCCAAUGUCCCGACAAUAACAUCAUCGCAGGCGACACCGCAAGCAAUGCAAGCGCAAGUAGUACAACUGCAUCAACAAGUACAACAAGCGGCAGCGAUGGGCCGGCCAAUGCCACCUGGAACAAGAUUGGUUUCACCAGAUGGAGCGGUUUGUGGAGUGGUGACUUCCACAAAUACGGUAACUGUGAGUUAUCCAUCGAGUUUCCCCGGACAUCCGCAGAGACUUUCGCAAGCGCAUAUACAAGUCACGCAACAACAACGACUGGGCAUGCGAGUAGCGGCGGGGAUGCCAAAUAUGGCUGGCAGAGUAGUUGCUGUAAAUCACAUGAUUGGUCCUCGGAUGCCAUUGGCUCCACCGCCGCCACCACCACCUCCACCACCUCCGCCACCACCCCCUUAUCCGGGACCACCACCGCCGUAUCCUGGACCGAUACAAAUGGGACUAUGCCCGGGUGGUGGUGGUGGGCGAGGUAUGACGCGACCUGUGGUUCAUAUGACGGGGCACCAGGUACCGGUGGCGGGUCCGCCGAUGGGACCUGUGGUGCCGCAUCCUCAUCGAAGACCUUUGCUUCUGCAGCAGUCGUGUUCACAGGAGCAGCCAUUAUUGCUGGAGGAGCUGUUAGAGCAGGAGAAGCGGGAACAAGAAAAACAACAACAGCAGCAACAGCAACAACAACAACAGACUGAUAAUGUCACUGGGGGAAGUCUUUUGAGCGACAGUGAUUUCGAAAAACUCAAAGCUGAUGUUUUGGGUACCACGUCGCCUCCUCAAGGUAUGGUACCCGUGAUAAGACCACCUUGUACGGCGAGAUCACCAUCUGCACCUGUCACUAACUGGCAACAAAGUGGCGUAGUUGCUGAUGGAACGGCAAAGCUGGUAACGGCACAAGUGGGGUCGAGACAGCCGAUUGCCACCCAGACCCCGCCUGAACCGAGAGUGGCUAUUUUCAACAUUCCUCAAAAUCCAGCACCAGCGACUCCGCCAGAGGUUAUAGUUACUGAGCAAGAUCGGCAAAUGCACAUGCAUUAUGAACAAUGGCUCCGUAAUCAGAAUGACUUAUUGCUGCAACAAUUAAAAUAUUAUGAGACAGAAGUCCAAAAGCUUCGUAAAACAAAGAAGUCUCUCAAUAGUAAGCUACGUCAAUGUCGUAAAAAUGGUACCGAAUUGUCAGAGUCUGAAGCCGCUGAACUGCAACGGAUUUCUAGUGAACAAGCCAUUCUUCAGAAACAUUUAGAGACUUCGCGUAAGCAGCACCGUCAACACGGCAUAUUACUCCAGGACUAUCAAAAUAAACAACAACAACGACAAACUCAAUCCCAAUCAAAUGAACCUUGUUCUCCGUUGAUGUCACCUUCUCAACAUUCUCCAAUGCAUUCUCCAGCAGGAUUAGUCUCUCAAAGUCCUGGUCCUAGCAUGAUUCAGCAUUCACCAGCAACUCCAUCAAUUGUUCAACAUAGUCCAGGCACACCAUUGCUUCAACAUAGUCCAGGCAACCCUCAAUCAACAAAUCCGGGUACAAUGUCGCCUCAUAAUGUUCAGCAACAAUCGCCAAGAAUUGGCACUCCUCAUUCUCAAGGUGACGAAAGUCCCUUUAGUCCUGGACCGAUGCCUUCUCCGGGUUUAUGUAAUCCUAACACUACGCGAAUGACGUCACCACAACAUAGAACUAUUAUUGGCGGAAGAGUGGCAACUUCUCCUGGUGCUUUUACGCCGGAGACGCGAAAUCAGCAACAGUUGAUGGUUGAUCAGAGUGUAAGAGUUCAUAGUUUAACUCAGAGAUUUGUCAGGCCACCAGAAGGGGCGCAGAGAAGAGGAGGUAUCGUUUAUCCGCAGCCAGGACAACAACAGUUGCUAAAUCAACAACAUCAGCAAUUGUUGCAGAGGCAACAGAUUAUUCAACAGCAUGAAAGUAUCUCUCAAGAUCAAGGACAAGGUACUAUUGUUCGGGGGACACUGCAACGGCAGCAAGUUUUUCAGCAGCAGCAACAGAAUAAUAUUUCUCAGGAUGGACAGAAUGUUAUUACUCAAAGAAAUUUGCAAAUGGCUCAACAAAGACAAAUUCUUCAGCAACAGCAAAAUGAUAUUUUACAAGAAGGACAGACUGUUGUUGCUCAAAGAAAUUUACAAACGGCUCGACAACAAAUUAUUCAGCAGCAGCAACAACAAGAAUGCAUUUCUCAGGAUGCACAAAAUGUUGUUACUCAAAGAUCAUUGCAAAUGACUCAGCAACGACAACAAAUUCUUCAGCAACAGCAAUCUGAAGGUGUUUCUCAGGAAGGGCAAAGUUCUAUUAACCAAAGAUCAUUACAAGUGGUUUCACAACUGCAACGGCAACAAGUUCUUCAACAGCAACAACAAAAUGACAUUUCUCAAGAAAAUCACAAUGUUGCUACUCAAAGAAACUUACAGAUGGCGCAGCAACGACAGCAAAUUCUUCAACAGCAACAAAUUCUUCAACAACAUGAAGUGGUCUCUCAGAGUAUUUCUCAAGAAGGACAAAAUUCUAUCGGUCCUAGAACGCUGCAAAUGAUUCAGCAACGGCAGCAGAUUCUUCAGCAACAGCAGCAACAACAAGAAGCUACUUCUCAAGAUGGGCAAAAUGUUACUGUUCAAAGACAUUUGCAAAUAGCACAACAACGACAGCAGCAUGAAAGUGUUCCACAGAAUAUUUCUCAAGAAAUUGGACAAAAUGUUGUUCAAAGAACAUUACAAAUGACACAACAGCGUCAGCAAAUUCUUCAACAACAUCCACAACAUGAAAAUAUUUCUCAAGAUGGACAGAAUACUGUUGCUCAGAGAAAUUUACAAAUAGCUCAACAGCGUCAACAGCAACUUCUUCAACAACAGCACCAACACGAAGAUGUUUCUCAAGAUGGACAAAGCACUAUUACUCAAAGAUCAUUGCAACUGGCUCAACAGCGACCACAAAUUUUACAGCAGCAACAUGAAACUGUUUCUCAAGAAGGACAAAAUAUGAUUGCUCAAAGAUCUUUGCAAUUAGCUCAACGGCAACAGAUUCUUCAUCAACAACAGCAACAGCAACAGCAACAUGAUGUUAUUUCUCAAGAAGGACAGACUUCUAUUGCUCAAAGAUCUCUUCAAAUGACUCAGCAACGUCAACAAAUUCUUCAUCAACAACAUGAAGGUGUUUCUCAGGGUAUUUCUCAAGAAGGACAAAAUUCUAUUGGUCCGAGAUCACUUCAAAUAGCUCAGCAACGACAGCACAUUCUUCAGCAACAGCAGCAACGGCAAUUCUUGCAAAUGCAACAACAGCAACAGAAGCCUCCCAACUCGCCGAUGAUGUCUCAAUCAUCAAAUUCCCCUAGUCCACAGCUGCAUCAGCAACUUCAACAAGGUUAUGGUCAGCCUCCAAGCUCACCCAUGGUACAACAGACAACGAUGGGUUCUCCGAUGCUACAACAACAGUUAAAUCCACCGUCACAACCUCCUAGUCCAAUGAACAGGAUUUCACCAAUGCUUCAUGGUAGUCAUCACCAUUCUUCGACUACUAAUCAACCGCCCAGUUCUCCUAUGAUGCCUAGAAGUCCUAUGGUAGCUGGGUCUCCUAUGCAGAUGCAGCGAAGACAGUCUACAGGAAAUAGUCCGGCUAUGCCAGAUAGACCCCAGAGUGUAGAAAAUCCUGGAACUCCAAGACCACCUCAUACACCUCACAAUUUUGUCCAACAAAAUGCUAAUUUAACUAUAAGUGAUCAGCAACAAGUUUCUCAGCAAAUUUCUCAGGAACAAACUUCUAUAUCCGAUAAUCUUUCUAGGGGCGGAGGAAACUCCAAUAAUCCCUUAAAUCCAAUUCCUUUUCUUGAUUUUGGGAAAUCUGAAUAUUAUAAAUUAGGAUUGAAGGGUGGUUCAUCACGUGAUCAAGAACAGAUUUGUCAACAAGUUUUUCAGGAACAAGUUUCAUCAGAAAAUUCUACUAAAAACGGAGAAAAUCCCAAUAAAUCUGCAAAGCCAGUGCAAUUCCCUAAUUUUGGACGGUUUGGAUGGUUCAAAUUAGGCUUACGAGGUGGGUCACCGAUGUGGUCAAGCAAGGCAGAGAGUAGCAAAGGUGGAAAAGGGUCUGAAACAUCCCAGGUGAAAAGAGAUCAACCCACGGAUGAGAAAGCUAAUACUUCCACAAAUCGGAAAACUACCAGAAUCAGUUCGUUAGUCUGCGUCGACUAUAAUGACUUUGACGAUGAUUCCCAUACACCACCACAGGCUUCGCCAACUUUGGAGGUAAAAUCAGCUGCUCAAGGUUCUUCUUUAACUUCUUCGACUUUAGAUAAUGGAUCUCUAACUUUGGAAAGUCCUGGAGACAAACUGGAACAGCUUCCAGAUACGACAGAUUAUGAUGAUGACAAAACUAUAGUUAAUACCGAGGUGACUUUGAGUUCUACAGCUCAGCGAGAUAGUGACGAUAUCACCGUAAUUGAACAGUUCGGCGACUCGGAACUGGUUGAUGUUAUUUCAGGAACUUUAGAAGGUGAUAUGCAUGAAGAAUAUGUUCUCUUUGAAUCUGGAAUGGUGGUAGACAUCUCUCCUGAUAGCAAUGAUUCUCUUUGUCACGCUUUAGUGAAUGAUGCUGGUCAAGGUGACGCAUUAGUGCAGAUUUUAGAGAUUGAAAAUUCUGAAUCUCAAUCAGAAGAACCGAUUUUGAGUGAUGAAGAUUUAGUCUCGUCUCAUUUAAGAAAUAAAAAAGGCCUUAGACUCGACAUAAUGGGGGCUUUGCAGUCUGGAAAAAAGCUAGUCGCUGUAACUGAUACUCCAGAGUCUCCGGAUCAAGAAGAGCUUCGUGCUGAUUCUUCUCCAGGUCCUUAUUUGGAUCAGUCUUCUGAUCAAGAACUUAUGGUAUCUUUAGUAAGUGAAUCUGAAGUGGUUAUCAUUGACCCCACGACAAAAUCUCCCGAAGACAAUUUUUCUAAAGGCUCCUGUGAUGAAGAGAUUGAAAAAACUGAUAACAUUAUACAAACUGAUGUUUUGAAAGAAAAUGUAUCUAAUGAAGACACGACAGAUGAUCAAACCAAAUCUUUAAAACAAAAUAAAAGUCCUACAAACUUUAUUUUUUCAAACAAAUCUUAUACCAAAAUGCCAGUUUCAACUGUACACCCAACAAAUAUUAAUAUAAUAGUCUCAAAACCAACGGUUUCCUUAACGAAUACUGUAAUUUCUUCAAAUUCAACUUCUAGUUUAAAGUCUAUUGGUUCUAAUUCUCAAUUGAAUCAGGUUUCAGUUCAAUCAAUUGAAACAGAAACUAAAAUGAUAGAUCAGUUUGACUUGAAAGAAAUUUCUUCGAGCUCUUUCAGCAAUCAGAAAAGUGUUAAAUUAACGAUGGCGAGCAUUGUAGCGGAUGCAAAAAUUGCUGCGAAACUUAGUCAAACCGCUCUAGAGAAUAUCUCCAGUCCUCAACAAAUCAAAUUGAACCCGAAAAUUAUGAAAGUCAAUGAAAUACCAAAUGUAUUAUUCUCAGAGAAGCCUUCAACAACCUUUUCAAGUUUGCCAAACACAACGGAAUCUCUGAACAAUCCCACGAAGUUAAUACUAAGUGUACAGUCAACUUCUGUCACGCUUUCAACUCCGAAGAUGUCAAUUCCGGAUUUGUCAAAAAAGGAUAUUAUAAAGAGUAAGGAGAAGCUAACAGAAAAUCAAGAAGGUGAAAUAAAGAACAAAGAGGAGAAAGAGAUUCAGGAUAAAAUCAAAGAUGAGAGCGAUUUUUCGGAUACAUCGAAUACUUUUUCAGGAUCAAUUGAUGAAAAGAAAUCUGAUCCGUUAAAUACUACAGACGAAUUGGAGAGUAUGUUGGAGGCUAUUCAUAAUCCUGCAGAAAAUAUUGAAAAUAAGAAUGAUACUCCAACGACGACCUUAAAAAGAAUGUCACCCGUUACUGAUGAUUUGUCGCUCGUUAACAUUUUGGAAAAUGACACUGAACCGGUGGAGAAUGAUAAAGAACAGAACUCUUCAAAUUCAGAUAUGCAAAAAGCAACGAACAAAUCAGAAGAAAUUCAAAAAAGCAUGGAAGGUGUUAAUAAUGACAAAAGUACAUGUCCAAAUGAAAAGAAUUGUCAGGAAGAACUACGUACUGAAAUGGAGAAUUCCAAGCCAUUUCUGCAGCAUUGUUUGAGCGAAGAAAAGGCUUUAAUGGAAGAAUCUACUGAUGAUAUUUUAGAUAUGUUAUCCAAUAUUAUUUCGUCAAAACCAGAAAUGGCAAACAGUAGCGAGUUGAAAUCGAGCCUAAUUUACCAGAUGCCAACUCCAUUGGAUACUUUGCCUUUAAAUAUUCUUCAGGACUCAUUGAUGGAUUUAGAACAAGAAAAUAUCGAAAAUGAUCAAAUUUCUUCAGCUGAAGCUAAGAAUGAGGUAAAAAAUCAAAAUGUUGAAGUGAAAAAGAGUUCUCCAGCGAUGAGUCAAGCUUCAAAUACUUUGGUAGUUAGUACCGUGGCACAAUUGCAAAAAAGCACGACAACAGUUCCUCAUUUAUCACCACUCUCAAAACCGACAGAAUUGACUUCCAAUGUGGCCAACGUGUCUCAUCAAUUGAGAACAUUGCUAUCAUCCUUACAAAGUAAUCAGACAACAGUAAAUCAAACUGGAGUUGUCACCAUGAUUUCUUCAAUGAAGUCUGGAAAUAUUUUAUCUACUUCUAGCCCUUUGUCAACAUUGAAUUCAAGUAAUAUUCAGAGUGGAGUUUCAACGUUGACAAAAUUAGAUCAAGGUCGCUGUCAAUCUAGUCUGAUCAGCAACAUUUCAAAAGAUUCAGACUUGAUAAAAGAGAAAAAAGAAUUAAAGGAAUGUAGUGGAGUUAGUACUACAGUUUCGAAGAUUAGUAAUAGUGAGCAAAUUUUUAGGGUGACUUCUGCAACAGCUUUUCAGACUACUGCAGCUUCUAAUCUUUCAAGUACUUCUUCAGCUGCAGUUACUUCUAGAUCCGUUACAACCUGUAUUUCCAUUACUUCAAAUGCCAUGUUGAAUGCUAUGCUGGCCGGUACUACUUCCUUGAAAUCCUCGAUAGCUGGUCAUGGUCGAAGUAACACGGUACCAACUCAGUCUGCCAAUCUUUUAUGUUCUGUUUUGCCAUCGACUUCAAUACAACGCUCACAAAAUCUUCAGGCGAUUCUUCAAGUCAGUUCAGGAGCUUCUACACCCUCUCGAGUACUAAUAAAUACUAGUUCAGCUGUAACUAGUUCAAUGCAAUGUAUUAGGACCAUUGUGCCACCUUUGGCAACUUCUAGUGGAGUUUCAAAUACUCCCAGUAUCCUUCAAUCAACUUUAUCGCAAGCUCCGAGUCCUCUUUUGACCUCUAAUCAGAACCAGUAUAAAUCGUCUGGUCUUCUACCAAUAGACAAUAAACCUGCAGAACUAGAAAAUCAAUCUACGACAAUGAAAAAAGAUUCUGAAGAGUCUAAAAUUCAAGAGAAGAGAGAAAUAGAUUCCAAUAAAAGUUCUUCUAAUACUUUAAGAUUAGAAGAAUCCCAAAAUGUGUUGUUGAAGCAAUUAUUGCAAAAUACAGCAUGUGCUACGACAUCUUCAGUAUCUACGCAAGGACAUACUCUGCCGAAAGUUCCUUCGUUGGAAGCACAAUUAGCUCGACCAGUCUUACCUACACCACCAUCUUUGCUUCCUCAGUUGCUGCACGAAACCCCGAAGCCAGUAAUAAAUAAACAAGUUCUUGCAAGAGAAACUUCUUUUUUAUCGCAUUCAGUAACACCCUUAAAAGUUCAAAGUUCACCAACUAAGGAAGAAUCUGCUAAACCUCCUCCUCCAUUAUCGAGUUCGAGUACGACACAAAGAGUACAAACUGAAAGCUUGAAGCAACAAACGACAAAGUUAAUUCCUACUUCUUCAGUAAGUUCUUCGGAAAAUUCUGCAUCAAAUCAACAGCCAAUUUCUUCAGCAACAACAUCAAAAACGUCUUCGAAUAUUUCUACGAAUCAACAAGAAACUUCUGGAAAUCAGAACAAACUAGGAACUGGCAUCAGUGAAGGGCCUCAGACUCAACAACGCGUUUCCGUUGCCAUUUCGAAAGUUAGUUUGCAAACUAAACCAUUGGUAACUUCUGGAAUAGUUUCAAAAAGCGUCCAGUUAGUGACCAGUAACUCUAGUAAUGUAUCUGGACCACAAACUCAAAUUCAACAACCUCAAAAUCAAGCUCCAGUCGCACAGAAGCCAACAGUGGUACAAGUUCCUUCUUCGACUACUGUUCAGCAACAAUCUGUUCAGCAACAAGUGCCUCAUAGUCACGGGGCUGUCGCGGUUCCACCACAGACAGUUGUGGCGUCCGCCGUCCCAUCGGGUUCCAACACAGUGCCUUUAGUCGAAGUGAAGAAGGAAAUCGGUCUUGAGGAUGUUUUGACUGCUACAGGCACAACGCCAACCAGUCAAUUGCAGACGGAUACCAAAGACUUUAUUACUACCAAAGAGGAGCUCAUUGACAGUGCAAUGGAUGAUAAAACUGAUCUUAAAAAAUUGAAGAGAAGGCAAUAUCAACAGAAAAGAAAACAGAGCCAGGGUAAAGAUGCUGCAACUGCACCUCAGAAAAAACGUUCUCGUAAAGUUUCGCGCCUCGAUGAGGAUUAUGAUACGUUUGUGGACAAUUUAAUGGCCCAAUUGCGGCAGCUUCAGCCGAUGGUUGUUCUAGAACCUCAUCUAAGUCGUAAUUACGGGGUGUGUCCGAUCUUUGGCUGUGGGGAUCUUGCUAAGAUUGGAAGUCAGAAAGAUUAUAACUCUAGAAUUGGCGAUUUGUUUGGAAAUUAUGGAUCAGCCAGUUUACCUGGAAUUUCUGAUUAUUAUAAUACACAGCCAUUCGGAGAACUAGAUCCUCUGCCACCUCAACAACCUUCGACUACACAGAGAGGAUUUUAUGAUCAGGAAUUUCCGCCUUUGAAGUUGGAUGAUACUGAUGAUAAAAAAGAGAAUAUGACGAUAAAUCGUGAUGUAGACUCUCCCGAUACCAUUGUGAGUUCGUCUUCGCCUGAAUGUGUUAUACCAGAAUUUAUGCAUCGUUUCCCUGGAUUGCGAUUGAUUGAGGAAGAAUCGGAUGAAGAAGCGGAAUGGCUGAAACGUGUAUCACCCGUAAUACCUCUGAUUUCGCCGAUUCCAAUCAGAUUGAAACCUACUUACUUAAAAGAUGCAGCUAAACAAGAUAAGGAGAACCUUGGAAUGCCAAAGCUUGGCAAAUCUCCUCCGAUUCCUUUACGAGAAAGUGGAAAUGUCACCGUGACUUUAACUUUGAAUAGUCAAGCUGCCGAUGAUAUAAUGGGUGUACUUAAGGAUCUUGCUAAUAUUCUGAACAUAACACCACCUGCUGGUUAUCAAAUAGUCGAACGAACUACUACUCCUCCCAGUCAGAAACUAGGAUUAUACAGGACAAAAGGAAAGGACGGCAAAGAGGGUACUCCAAUCGAUAUACAAAGCAUUCUGAAUGGUGCAGCGAAAUUUUGUCGUCAUUGUGAUGUUGUGAUACUUAACAGUUUAAUUCGAAAGAAAGUAUCGGAUUUACCAUUUUUGAGCAAAGAAGAAGCUGAACCAGGCGAUGAAUUGUGCUUUUGUUCGGCGGCUUGCUAUAUGCAAUUUGCACUUAUGCAUCGAACACCUUCCAACACUCAGGAUAAGGCUGCGACAAUAGUAGACCAUCUAUGCCAUAAAACAGAAACAAAAAUAUUAGAAGAUGAUUUGAAGAGUCUGAAGAAAUUCCCCAUCAAACUUCAACAGCAGCAAAUGGAAAGGCUUGAGAAUAUAGAAAUCGGUAAUGAACCAACAACGGAGAUCAAAGUGAAAGCUGAGAAGUUGGAUAAUGUUGAAAAUAUAGAAAAUGAAGAAAAACGGUCGAAGAAGCAUUUGAGUAAUGAUGAAAUCAAUGAUUCUAUUGAACCCCAACCACCUGCGAAGAUUUGGAAAGGCUUGAGAUAUAAAACGUGGUCGAUGGGAGCUGUGCAACCUGCUACUAAAUUCAAGAAACCUACUGAUAGAGAAAUUACCGAGACGCUGUUUCGUAUGGGAAUUGCAGUAGCUCCUGCAAAAGCCGAAGAUACUCGUCGUUGCGUAUUUUGCAAGAGUCAGGGCGACGCAACAGCCGAUGGGCCAGCCCGACUACUCAACUUCGAUGUGGAUAAAUGGGUACAUCUCAAUUGUGCAUUAUGGUCUAAUGUAGUAUAUGAGGCACAGAGCGGUGCACUCAUGAGAUUGGACGAGGUCCUGCAGAACAAUCUUGUACAAAUUUGUAUUGUUUGCGAAAAAUCUGCUGGUACAGUCAAGUGUUACAAGCCGAGAUGCACCAACUGCUAUCAUCUAGUAUGCGCCAUCAAAGAGGGUUGCGGUUUUUACAAAGACAAGACCAUGGCUUGUCCUCAACAUCUUAUAAAAGAUAAAGAUAAGGAACUAACCACACUUUCCGUCUACCGUCGCGUCUACGUUCAACGCGAUGAAAAUCGUCAAGUCGCCGCGGUGAUGCACCAUUCUGACAAUAAACAUUUACUUCGUGUGGGUUCCCUUAUCUUUCUCAGCGUCGGCCAGCUACUUCCUCAUCAGUUGCAAAACUUCCACACACCAAAUUAUAUUUAUCCAGUAGGCUACAAAAUCGUACGUUUCUAUUGGAGUAUGCGUAGGCCGAACAAACGUUGUCGCUAUGUUUGCUCGAUCCACGAUGUCUCUGGUCGUCCGGAAUUCCGUGUCCUAGUUCAAGAACCUCUUCAAGAGGAUGUCGAAUUGAGAGACGCUACUCCACGAGCGGUUUGGAGUCGAAUUUUGGAGCCACUGGCAGAAUUGAGAAGAAACACGAACUCUGUUCAAUUAUUCCCGAGAUAUGUUUCAGGAGAAGAUCUGUUUGGUUUGACAGAGCCAGCAGUAGUGCGGGUACUGGAAAGCUUGCCUGGAAUUGAGACUUUAACCGAUUACAGAUUUAAAUAUGGUCGUAAUCCGUUGUUGGAGUUGCCUCUGGCUAUCAAUCCAACCGGAAGUGCACGGACGGAGGCACGGUUGCGCAAUCAGCUACCGUGGAAACGACCGCACACACAACGCACAGGAGGUUUUGCUUCACGUGGAGUGCCAUUCGGUUUGCCAACCUGUGGUGCUGCUGCAACGAUGGGUGGUGGGGUCUCUUCAACAUUAGUUGCAGCAGCUGCUGCUGCCGGCGAAGCUGCCUCCUGCCCUUACUCGAAGCAAUUUGUGCACUCCAAGAGUUCGCAGUACAAAAAGAUGAAGCAAGAAUGGCGUAAUAAUGUUUAUUUAGCGAGAUCAAAGAUUCAGGGUUUGGGACUCUACGCAGCGAGAGAUUUGGAAAAACACACAAUGGUGAUCGAAUACAUUGGGGAGAUCAUUAGGACAGAGUUGGCAGAAACAAGAGAGAAGCAAUAUGAGGCUAGAAAUCGUGGUAUAUAUAUGUUUCGAUUGGAUGAAGAGCGAGUAGUGGAUGCAACUUUGUGUGGCGGUCUCGCUCGCUACAUCAAUCAUUCCUGCAAUCCCAACUGUGUUGCUGAAAUCGUUGAAGUUGAGCGUGAUCUCAGAAUUAUCAUCUUUGCCAAGCGCAGAAUUUCACGUGGCGAAGAACUGGCGUACGACUAUAAGUUUGAUAUUGAAGACGACCAACACAAAAUCGCAUGUGCUUGCGGUGCACCUAAUUGUCGUAAGUGGAUGAAUUAAAAAAACCAGGACGAUGACCAAGAAUAGAGAGAAGAAACAAAAAAUAAAAAAAUAAAGAAGAAAACUCAGUCUCUCCACCCUGCCCAUUGUUAUCAUUGUUGCUAUGUUAUAUAAGGUAGGAAGUUGUAUAGAGAUAAUUUCUUUCAUGGACGAUGAAGAUAUAUAGUGAAAAUAAAUUCUAUAUAUAAAUAUAUAAAUAGAAAAUAAAGUUUAUAUUAUAUACUAUAUGUAUUUUGUAGAUAUAUAGAUAUAUAUUAUAUAGCUAUGAUCAUGUAUACUAUAUAUCUAUAUAUAUCUAUAGACACAUUAUACGGAUAUGAGACAAGCACUAGGCCACUGUAAUUUAAUUUGUAAAGUGCCAUUGCGCAAUACUAAUUAGAUAAUUAACCCCGGAUUUCCUUCUCCAUUAUUUAAUAACAUAAUAUGAUUUGAUAGUAAGAUUAUUAUAUAUAUAAAAAAUGAAAAUGUAAUAAAAUUAUACAAUAGUUUUCUCGGAUUUUUAAGAAACUUUAAGAAAACUGUACAUUCUUAAUUGUACUAUAUAAUUAAGAAUUAUAAUUUUUACAUUUAAGUUCGAAGAAGAAACUGAUAAAGAAUAAAUUAUAUUUAUGCAAUCUAGAAACCAAGAUUUUAAAAACUUUAACUGAUAUAGAGAGGAAUAUAUUAUUUUUAAAAAUGUGCAUUUUUCGUUUUUAUUAAUUAAACAAUAUUGCAAUAUUUUUAUUUUUUUUGGCUUCUCUCCUUGGCAAAUCAGUUGAAGAAUUAAUUUAUUAUGUUUUUCUUAUAAUAAAUGUGCGCGAGUGAACGAGCGAGCGAAAGAGAGAGAGCGUUAAGAUAAACCUUUUUUUAGUUUAUAGGAGUAAUCCAGGGUUAAAAACUAAGGGUUAGAAGAAGUUGUGGUGCUAAUCAGAGACGCCAUCACAUUCCUCCAAAGUGUUGUAAAAAAUAUAUAUAUAUAUAUAUUAUAGUUGUCGUUAUAUUAAGAAAAAAUAUCGAUUGCUUGUAUAUUAUUGUAUACGAGAUAAGAAAAAAAUAUUGAAAGAUCGGGAAAGAAACUGAAUUGUACGCGAAUAAGAGAAGAGAAAGAGAAUUACAAUCUUUGUGCUUUCGGUCUGAUGAUGAUUUGUUGUAAUAUAAAAACAUUUAUAUUAUAUAAUAAUUAUUAUCAUCAUCAUCAUCAUCAUCAUCAUCAUCAUCAUCAUCGUCAUCAUCAUGUAUAAUGAUAUAGACACACGCGUACCGUGUGCACCGCACUGCUUCUGUAUGUGUGUGUGUGUGUAUGUGUGUGUGUAUGUGUGUGUGCGUGUGUGUGUGUGUGUGUAUGUGUGUGUACACACACACACGAAGUAGUUUUAUUUUUGAAUCACCCAUAUAUGUAAAGCGCAAUUGAGAAAAUUUCAAACGAUUUGGAAGAAUUAUAUACGAUUAUUAUACCGAUUUCAUUAUGCGACUGAUUUUUAAUAAAAAAAUAUUCCCUUUU